AUGACUAAUGAACUUAGAGCAUGGGCACCUUCAAGUGGAGUCUUGCCUAAUAUUUAUAAUAAGAAUGAAGAUGAAGAUGAAGAUGUAUAUUGCCCAGGUAUGGCAAAUGAGGGUAUUGAUUUAGAAGAAGGUUUAGGAGAUAGCAAUGAUAUUUUAGGAACUACUAUUAGAGUAAGCGGUGAAUUCAAUGAAGUAGUUCUAAAUACUUCUCAAGGAACCUUAAGUGAGGUAGUUGUAAGAGGAAGAGGGGUGAAAGCAGUAGUAGUAAGAAAAGAAAAAGGAACCACAUACAAGUCAAAUAGUAGAUGUAAUGAGUAUGAUAGCUCAAACAACAAGGAAGAAUCUUAA